AUGACGCAGUGUAUUUCUUGCAUCUACGCCGCGCUGCUCCUUCUAGCCGCUCUCCUGCUCGCGCAUGUCGCCGCUGCUCCCAGCUACCUAUGCAUCCGGCUGCCGGCCGUCAUCGUUGACCCGCUGGACCAGCUACUCCAGCGGAGCAGGGCAGCGGUGCUGCGGGUCAUCUCCGCCUCGCGCCCACACCUCCGUGGCCGCGCGCCCCCGCUCCGGGCCGCUUCCGCCAACCCGGCGCCCUGCUCCGAGCACCUCGUGUUCGCCCACGCGCCCGGGCCGGCUGGCUGCUCCGGCCAGCCUUCGCGCCUCCGCGGCCGGCUCCCGCCCAGUAGCCGGCUCCUCCGCGCGCGCGGGGUCGCCGCAACCCGCCUGCUCCCCUGCCUCGCCUCCCCAGCACGCGCGCCUGGCAGCCGAGGCCAUGGCCGCUGCACAACCACGCCCGGCGCUGCGUCCCUCCGCCGUCCUCUACUCCAGGUGCCCCCGAGCGCCGCAUCCGGCCUCGCCUGGCCUCCGCCGACUCCACCGCCUCAGGCCGCCGGCUCCGACCCGAGUGCCCGCCUCGCCGGCAUCUCCACCCAAUUCCCGGCCCCGGCCAUCCCCGCGCUCGUCCGGCUUCUCGCACGCGCCUCCGGCCGCCUCGCGUCGCUCCCGCUGUCGCCCCGGCCGCCUGCUCCGGCUGAUCCACCCGCGCCGUCUGCUCCCCUCCACCCGCGCGGGCACCCGGCCGGCCUCUGCCGCGCCCUCCGCCUCCGCCGGCUCCGGGUGCCCGGCUCGCCGCCCCGCCUCCGCCAGCACCCGGCUUGCGCCAGCCGGCCCCCACUGCUCACUGCUGCCGCCUUUUGCGGGCAGAAAAGAACGAAAGAAGAAACGGGGCCGUGUAGAACAGUCAAAGGGCCGACUGCCACGGCUGAAAAAAAGAGGGUGACCGGGUGA